GUUACUUUGUCAGGGUUAAACAAGACUUUUAAUAAUUAUUCAAUUUUGUAUUGUGUGUGUGUGGAAUACCUUUUAGUAAUCAUCAAAAUCUGUUACCUAUCAAUAAUCAUUGUUACAAUAAUCUCUGAAAUCAGUUGAAUAUUCUGCCUUAUGCAUAACUGAAUUUUGUAGACAAAUGGUGUUAAUAGGUGUUGAAAAAGCUUAAAUGUUUUUAAAACUUGAAACAACUUGCACAGACAUGAUCAUAUUCGUAAUAGCUGCCUUAUAAUAGAACAACACAUAUUUAUGGUAAUUUAAUAGAUUUUGAAAGUUUUUAAAACUUAAUUGAGUAACAUGGAUGUAGCAAAAUCUCUUUUUGGAUCAAGAGCUCAUGAAGGUUAUGCUGGCAAGGAAAAUUACAAUGAUAAAGUAGAGACCGCAGUUUCUGACGAUGAGGAGACCAACCGGACAGAUCUGGAGGGAACGGAAGGAAUGGGUUUGGCAGUGGAAGGAAUGUCCCCCACGCCUGGAGGUCCUUUUUCUGCGUUAACUCCUUCUAUGUGGCCUCAGGAUAUCCUGAGCAAACUGGGGCAGCUGCCUGACGACCCAAACUCUCAGCCUGAUUAUCGGUUUGAUGAAUUCGGCUUUCGUGUUGAAGAAGAAGAUGGUCCUGAACAAAACUCAAAUAAGUUGCUUGGAGUGCCAUUUUUGGAAGAUACGCAACACAGGCUGAAAUGGUUGGCACACCUCGAGUUCAGCCACAACAAAGAGUCAAGUGACCUCUCCUGGGACAACGUUGAACGUCGACUUCCUCGCACGGACAAACUGAGAGCUAUGGUUCGUGAGGGGAUCCCACAUUCUUUGAGGCCCCAACUAUGGAUGAGAUUGUCAGGUGCACUUGAGAAGAAGGAAAAGUCAGAUAUGAAUUACAAAGAUAUGGUGAAAGCCUCAAACAAUGAUGCUCUGUCGACAUCCAAGCAAAUAGAGAAAGAUCUGCUGCGUACAAUGCCGAGUAAUGCUUGCUUCAGCCACCUGACAAGUACAGGGAUCCCUCGUCUGAGAAGGGUAUUGCGUGCUCUGGCGUGGUUCUAUCCUGACAUUGGAUAUUGCCAAGGCACUGGUGUGAUGGCUGCCUCCCUCCUGUUACUGAUGGAGGAGGAAGAUACAUUUUGGAUGCUCAGCACCAUCGUUGAAGAUAUACUGCCCGCUUCCUAUUAUUCUUCUACACUUAUAGGUAUUCAAGCUGACCAGCGCGUAUUGAGAACUCUGAUCUGCUCGUACCUGCCGGACGUGGAUCUGACGCUGAAGCAGCAUGACAUAGAGCUGAGCCUAAUCACACUGCACUGGUUCCUCACACUUUUUGCAUCCGUAGUCCACAUGAAGGUGCUUCUCCGAAUAUGGGAUCUGUUUUUCUUUGAUGGGUCAUUGGUCUUAUUCCAGAUAACGUUGGGGAUGUUAAAAAUCAAAGAACCAACAUUGAAAGAUCUAGAAAACUCAGCACAAAUAUUCAAUGCACUCUCAGACAUUCCAGGAGAUAUAGAAGAUGUAGAUCAGCUUUUAGAAGUAUCAUUCCGUGUGGCGGCAUCUCUGAACGAGGUGAUGAUCGAGACACACCGCCGUAGACAUUUAGCGUACCUGAUGGCAGAUCAGGGUGCACUAGUUGGUAACCCUGAGGCCGCUCCCAACCUGCCUAAGCAGCACCUCAGCAGGAGGCAAGUGAAAAAGAACAAAUCUGUAAUUCAGCUUUUAUUAUUUGGAGAUGAAGUGACUGAAGAAGAUAUAAAAUCAAAAAACAUCAAACAAACAGAGAUAUUAGUAGACCUGCGAGAAGCAAUCCUGCAGGUGGCACGUCACUUUCUCUCCACCGAUCCAAAGCUACACAAGGACGUAUCGUUGGUGGCAGACUACAGCAUAGAGAGCCACUCACGUGACCAUGAACAAUACCUGGAUGUCUCGCGCACACGAAAACGUAGAGCUAAAGCGUUGUUGGACUUUGAACGCCAUGAUGAUGAUGAAUUGGGAUUCAGAAAAAAUGACAUCAUUACCAUUAUCAGUCAGAAAGAUGAACACUGUUGGGUUGGAGAACUCAAUGGCCUCAGAGGGUGGUUCCCGGCCAAGUUCGUGGAAGUGUUGGACGAACGUAGCAAGCAGUACUCGUGUGCGGGUGACGACAGUGUCUCAGAGGUGGUGACGGACCUGUGUCGCGGCAACCUCUGUCCCACCAUCAAACAGGUCCUAGAACAUGGCAUGAAGAGACCUACAUUUCUAGGAGGACCGUGUCAUCCUUGGCUGUUCAUAGAGGAGGCUGCCAUGAGGGAGGUGGAGAGAGACUUCAGCUCAGUAUACAGUCGCCUGGUGCUAUGUAAGACUUACCGGCUGGACGAGGAUGGGAAAGUACUCACUCCAGAGGAGCUUCUCUACAGAUGUGUCCAAGCUGUGAACCUCAGCCAUGACAACGCUCAUGUGCAGAUGGACGUCAAGUUGCGCAGUCUGGUGUGCCUUGGGCUCAACGAACAGGUGCUACAUCUCUGGCUGGAGGUGCUAUGUUCGUGCGUCGAGGUUGUGCAGAAGUGGUACCACCCAUGGAGUUUUAUCUGCAGUCCAGGCUGGGUGCAGAUCAAGUGUGAACUAAGGAUCCUAUCUCAGUUCGCUUUCAACCUGAAUCCGGACUGGGAACUGCCAGCCAAGAAACAGCCGUCUCAACCGCUCAAGGACGGGGUGCGAGAUAUGCUUGUGAAACAUCACCUGUUCAGCUGGGAUCUCUGAGUCCCUGCUCCCCCUGCCUCACAGCUCUUCAGCUGGCACCUCUCCUACUGAAUGACUGAUGCCGACAAUAGUUUUUUGUAUGGGAGAUUAGUAGCUUAGCACCAACAUAACAGUACAAGUAAAGUCUCUUCAUUUAUUUGAGUUCAAAUGUGUGAAAGUAGCGAGAUAUUAUUUUCACAAACAAAUUUUUAUUGGGUUAUUCCAGAUGCACUUACUAAAUUGCAAUUAUUGCAAAAGUGUAAUCUGGAUUAUAGAACUUAAUAAGCAAACAAAGUAUUUAACGAAUGAAAACUUAUUGUUAUUUAUAUACAAAUUGUUUAAUAAGAUCACUCCCUUUGCUAAUUAUUCAACAAUUGUAGAUAGAAUGAUAAAGCGAUCAGUAAGUAGUACUUUUGGGGAGAGGCUCACUAAAGGAAGUGGAAUGCCCUUAACACAAAAUUUUCAAUUUUUAACCCUCCCACCUUCUAAAUGAAUACAUAAUUUAGAAUAAAAAACAAAACCAUUAAUUUUGCUCAAAUGAGAAAUCUUUUAAAGAAUUCUUUAAUAAUUUAAGAUACAAAUUUUGCUUAGAUUUUAAGUUUUUAGAUAGUAUAAGUAAAAAAGUACUGAACACAUCAAAAGUUAGCUCAAACUUGAAACCUUACUUAUGAGAUAAGAGUUUUACAACUUUUUUAUUCAAAAUAAUGUUUACAAAAAUAACACAACAAUAUACACAUUAUUGUCUUUAGAUCCUGGGAAGGAACACAAAAUUUAAAAAAUCAGUUUGGAUAUAGUUGACAACAAUUUGUCCCUGAGGCCUAAAAUUCUACUGUUUAUAUUCUGGUUUUGAAUAUAUAUGUAUUUGAAAAAUCUUUGCUCCAGAGUAUUUUGCAUUUAUAUUUUACCAUUUUCUAGAUGUUAAAUAGACUUCAUAAAUGUUUCAUCAAAAUUUUAAACUUGAAUAAUAUAAAUGCUGAGAAAAAAAAUACUUCCUUUAGUUAAAGCCAAAUUUGGUUAUUUAAAAAAAUACAAAAUCACAAAGAAAGGGAUAUCGUCUUCAAAUUUUAAGUUGAAACAAAACUUCAAAAUUUUAAAUUUAUUAAAAAGUGUAUAUUUCUCUUUAUAUUUAUUUCCUCCUGAAAUAGUUUUGAAAUUAGCAGAGUAGGUGGAUUUUGAUUCUGAAUCAUACUUUUUUAUGGGUUUUAGUUGUUAUAUAUUUGUAGUUAGAAACAAGUUACUAAUAAAUAGAAUAUAAUUUGUCACAAAGUAAUUUUUGUUCAAUUUUUAUCAAUCUGAGUAUUGUUGUAACAUCUGAAAACAAAGUUAUAAGAUUUCAUAUUAUUUCAAAUGUAGAGACUUUAUAUUGGUACACUGUCUGUUGAAGGGAUGGGGAUUUUAUACUAGCCGAUAGAGGUUGUAGUACAAAUUCACAAUUAUAAAGUUGAGUAGAUUCAACAAUCAGUGCAAUUCUAAUGUAAUAUUGAUUAUUUGUUGAAGUUAAAUUUGAUCUUGUAUUUUAUGUUCUAUUAAUUAUGUAUAUAGAAAUUUGUAUAUAUAUCUUAUUGCCCUAGAGAGUAUAUACUUCAUACAUAGAGAGGACAUGAAAUGCUUUCCGUACAAAUUAAAAAGGGAACUCAAGUAACAUCUAGACAGAGUUGAUGAUCAGCUACUUGUUGCUGGCUCAACCUGAUGAACAUCUUUUUUCAGAAUGGUUCAAUUGUGGGUGGUUUGUACCUUUCCAGUAGAAUCUAAACUUAGUGAAACAUAAACUGAUUUCAUUUACCUUUGGGUAACAGUGGACAUGCAGAAUAGGUACCUCAUCAAUUAUAAAUUUCAGGAUAUUGUGGUAAGGAGAUAAUCCCUAAAUCACUGUGGAUAUGAAGGUCGAAACUCAGGUGUGGUCCCUUAGUGCCAACUGAAACUAGGGUCACCCCCACCCCCACUGCUUUCCUCCCAUAGAGUUUGUUUCAUGGUAUCUUGGCAGGAGACGGUCUAAAUCCUUCCUAUUUAUUGUGAAUAUCCAUCCCAUCAUCCUAAAAUCCUUGUAGGAAUGAUGUUACUCAGCUUCUUAACAUAUGGGGAUAAAAUAACUCGAUAGCCUUGAGAACUGUCUAGAAUGAAUAUUAUUGAGUGGUCAAAAUCAACAAGUAUGAAUAUGAACAAAGAAAACAAAAGUCACACUCUUAUUUUAAUUUGUUCUCUCUAUAUAAGAAAUAUAUAUCCUUUAGAGUUGUACCUCAGUUGUUACCACUAUAUCAUUUUUACUGAGUUAACAAUGCUAUGAAUUUUUAAAUUUAAAACGACCUACUGAAUAUAUUAUUUUGCCAAUAUUUUACCCAUCCCUAAGUGAAACUAAUAACUCUGUAAACAUGUAUUGUUUAUAAAACAAUAAAGGUUUACAAUAUAUUUUAUAAACCACUAGUUCCUUGCAUAGUUACUGAAUCUAGCAAUGAGUACAAUACUUACUGAGGUUGACGAUGAGGUGGAGAUGAGAAAUCUUCCCUGCACUUUUAAAUGUUGAACGGUUAUUGUAAAGAUUACAGUUUUGAAUGUCCAUAAAACACAUUUUUGGUAGCAAAGAUAAAAAAGGUUAAUUUCUUGAAAUUUUGGUAACUUUCCAUAUCGUUGUUGUGUUUCUAACUGUAGUUUCUUCCAUGUUAUUUAGUUAAGUUUGUUCCAGCUAACACUGUAUUGUGACACCUAUUUAUUAGUAACAAUACAAUUGUAUCCAUAUUAGAGUUUAUUAUAAAUAACACAACUAAAUAUACUGGAUGAUUCUAAAAGGACUUUAUCGAUGCAAAGCAUUUACAAGUUUAAUCAACAGUGUUGGUUUGGAUGAUAUUUUAAAUCAAAACACAUUGAGUUUAGACUAUACCACAGUUUGGGAGGUGUACACUAAUAUAUAAUGUUAGCUUUUAGGGCUGAUAAUUGUCAUUAUUUAUAACACACUGAUGUAUGGUAAUUGCACUAUGCCUAGGACGAAUUGAUGACUGACUUAUUAAGAAAAAUCCGUUCCUUUCAGCCAUCGCUAACUUCCCUAAUAAUGUUUCACAUAAAAAUACUUUCUUUUCACCAGACGACCACAAAUAUUGGCUCCACGAAGUGAGGAUGAUGGCCACGUAAUACUUGACCUCGAAGUAUUGCUAGUACAAAGUAUAAGUAUCACGAUCCAGCCCAAAACCACUCCACACUGAUUAGCUUUAAGCCGAGACAUUAAUUAAUAAAAAUAAAAAAUGCUACGUCAAAAUACAAACACAUAUGCAACUUCACUUGUGGGUUAAAUCAUCAAAAGCAAAAAUAUAAUAACUUAAUUACUUUUAUCAUGUACAAUCAGUUAUUUAUAACAACUACUCGGGCUAACAAUUAUUAUAAUACACAAAAUUAAUACUUAUUUUGGGGUUUUGUGGGGUUUUGUCUUCGUGGCUGCAGCAAGUCAAUUUGUCUAAUGGAAAUCACCACUCAUGUACCGGAAGUGGACAACUCUGUGACAUGUAAACAGAAAUCUGAUUUGCUCAGUAAUAACUGUUUUAUUGCAACGUUCUAUAUUAUAAUCAAUAUACGACAAUGUAACUUGUAGUAUUAUACUCACUCACCAGCAACACCGUCUCCAGCUGUUAAAUUAUAAUUUUUACUGUUAUGGAAUCUGCUCACUGUGUAUCUUUUGGUGUGUUUCUUUGUUUUUGUUUGAAGAAUCAAGGCUUGCUGCAACAGUCCACUUUAGUGUACACCACCUAUGACAUCAUAUAGAACCUACUAGUAAACCUACAAUUUAAUCUUGCCGCAAAAUCUAUCUUGAGACUGGUUGUUCAAUAUGAAAUGCAGUCACUAAAAUACCUCCAGAUUUCUUAUGCCCACUGUGGAGCAAACGAGGGAAAACUUGGCCACUAGUCCUAAGAUAAAACCCAACAUGUAUCGUAUAGGACUGGCACUUUCGUACCCAAAAGUGUUUUUUUUUUUUUUACUUAACAUUUUGCAAUUAUGUAUUAUAUAAAUACUGCACUUGAAGGCAAACAAAGUAAUGAUGUUUUAGCACAUUGUGCAGAAUAAGGUUAAUUGAAUUGCCAGCAAUUUAGGAAAGAAGUUUUAGAAAAAAAUUUUAGACAAGAUAUUUUCAGAGAUUAUGUUGUGAGAAAUUUUAUGGCAGUGGUGUACACAAAAUUUUCAAACAGGGGUAGAAAAGCCUUCAUGAAACUUCAUCGACAUCUAAAAUAGUCCUAAAGCAAAUCUUUUCUAUUCAAAAUAAUAGUAGUAAAGAAUAGCAAGGCCUGUCGGUCACAGAUAUUGCAUUUUUUGUGAGCUUUCAGUUGGCAACAGUAGACAGUACAAUUUAUCUGGUUAUGUUGAAAAAUGUUCUUAUCCCUCGAUUAGAUGAUAAAGAUAGAUUUUAAUACCAACAAUAUACGAGCCACUACCAUGAGUAGUUACAGAUUUUCUUGUUUCUGAAGUUGAUGGAUUGGUUCUGUAGGUGCAAUUAAUAGCCACCUCUCUCUUCAGAUUUGAUCCACUAGGUGUUUUCUUGUGAAUUUAAAUUCAAUAAUGAGGCUUUUUCCAAUUUUAUUUGCUUAUCUUGUUAAGCAAAAACCAAACUGCUGGUUAAAGUUUAAAAUUAAAUUAAAUACCGGUGAUUGCAUUAGUAGUGAAACAAUCAGACCAACGUGAAGGUUGUAUAGAAACAUGGUAUAUAUGUUUUCUUUAACAUGAUUCUUAAACAAUUCUAAAAGAGUUAUAAACAAAUAAGUAUGUUUCAAAGUUGUAAAGUCCUUUUCGAAUGACCUUGUACAUAUAUCCAAUAUUAUACAAAUAUUCUUUUGUUAACAAUUUCAGAAUUUUUAAUUACUUUGUGUGUUUUUCUUAAUUUUUUUAAAUAUAUAGUGGGUUCUGGUAGCAUAAAGUUAAAUUAGUUAAAAUUCUGUCCAUGUAGUUUUUUUAUUGUUGAGAUAUCAGUAAUAAUUGUAUAUAAGUUCAUGUAAAUAAUCAACCAUACCUAUGUUUACUUCAGAGAUUGUCUGUGUUAUGAAUGUACUUAACCUAUUGUAUUUAUACCUUGUUGUAUCUUUGUUGCGUAGUUUAGCUUUUUCAACUCACUUAAAAUUUCUAGCUUUUUAGAUUUUUCUAAUAUUCUAAAUUUAUUUUAUUUCCAAAUUUUUAUAUUUUGUUUGUGUAGUUUUUCAGUUGUUUAUCUGUUAAUAUGAAAUAAAAAUUGUCUGAUGAUACUUUGUGUGAGUUUGUUAAAAAUAUUAACAAUAUUAAAAAUUAUUAUUUGUAUAUCUUGUUAAAAUUACAAAAUAUAAACUUGUGAACUGUUCAAAUAUUGCAUAAAUGUUUGUGCUUUAGUUUUAGCUCAUUGCAUUAUAGAGUAAGAAACAGUGAAAAUAUGUUGUUCGUAAGUCAACAGAGAUUAAACAAGCAUUUUUCAUUGUACUUCUCUAAAAUUUUAUGCAGUGAUCUGGAAGAAAGUUUUGGUGUCCUCUUCUAGUAAACUUUCUGUUUUCUCUUUUGGACCACUGAAAUGGACUUCCUCCUCUUCCUUGUAAUCCAUUUUAUAUUCAAGGUUUUAUACUGUCAUAUGUUAAAAUGUAGCAGUACCAGAUUAAAUUUAAUUUGAAAUAAGUUUAUUUUUUCAAAUAGAAAUCAAAACGUAUCCAUUGAUGAUUUUAUAUGAUUACUUACAUUGAAUUUUAUUUCUAUUUUUAUAACAGUUUGUUUAAUGUAUACAAUAAAAAUAUGUCGUUUGCACUUAUCUAUUCAGCUGUUUUGACUAUCUAUUCUGCAGUUGUAAACAAUUUUUUGAAUUGGUAGACAACGGCUCAGUUUUCCAUGUUCCAUGUUCUCAAUCUGAUAUAAUCAAACAGAUUUAAAUUCUGACAUUACUAACUUUUAUUUUCUGUAUAUUAACAAUGUGAAUGACAAAUUAAUCUGAAAAUUUUAAAGAUUGGUGAUGAAUAAUGUUCACUCUUGAAAUAUGUAGUAACCCUUAACCCAUUGGGGAAGAUGGAUGAACUAGUUUUGUACCGAGCGGUCUGGGAUGAAUGCCGAGCAACAAGCUGGUCUCGUCUAUGUUUAGCCAUUCUUUAUUGUUAUUGACAGUUCUAGUUCAGAAAAUACCCCCUAGGUAUCGUUGCUAUGGUCUUCACUGGUUCUUUUACUAAUAAUUCAUUUCAUUUUGUUUUGUUACUGGCAGCACUGAAUUUAUUGCACCUGGGUGUCCAAGUGCUUUGUCAUUGUUUUCAAUUGUCUAUGCCUGGAACCACAUGCAAGGUUAGGAGUAUUGUUAGUUUUUUUUGUAUGAGAUAUUGAUUGUAAUGGGUGUAAAUAACUGCAGGAUUCUGUUAUUAGUUUGUUAUUAGAUAUUGAUUACGAGUGCAAUUCUGAUAUCAGUGAUAAUGAUGGAAGUGAGGAAGACGUAAAUAUUUGUAAUUUAAUGAUUUCCCAAAUCAUCAUUGACUUCUAGAACCUUGUAGAUUAUCUCUCAACGAUUAUCAUUCACUUAUAUUUUUGCAUUUUCACUAAUUGACUAUAGAUAUAAGUUUGAUUUACUUUAGUUAAAGUCUACCUCAGAUUAUAUCAAUACAUUCCAAGAUGGCUGUUUUAUUUAUGGAUUUUUUUAUUUUUUAAAUUGAGAUUUUAAUUUGAUAUUACAAUACAUUUGAAGAUGAGUAUCCAAGCUCAGUAUCAGUAGCGGACAUAAACCACUGCAAAGAAGAUUUAUUUACUUAUUUUAAAUGUAUUAACAGAUUGUUCACAGUUUACAUUUAAUUGUUCUGUAUAAAUGUGUUUCUUUUCUUGAAUGUCUACCCUUCUUAGCUAUGCUGUUGUUGAGAAAAAGAUGCCACAAAACUUGCCUUAGUCAGAGGAGAUCUGUCACUGAGAGUACAUAUAAAUAAUACAUUUUUUAUGAACCAUAAGGUUUAAAAAAAUACAUGAGAGUUUGUUCAUUUAUCAUAUCUUAUUCCUUUGUUAGGGAACGAAAUAUGACAAUAGAAAUUAUGUAGACAUAUUUGACACAAAAUAAUUUUUAUUUAAGAAAUCAAAUAUGUACCAGAGACCCAACACUUACAAUCAGGAGAAGCACAAACAAAAUACAAUAAUCAAUACAAUUACUGACUCAGAUAUGAUUUAGGACAUCUUACUACCCUGGUAGUAAACAGGCUUAUGGUGAUCUUUCUGUUUGAAGCCAAAGUAGGUGGGGCUGUAGGGUAAUAAUAGUCUUCAAAUACUGCAUGAUGAAAUUUGACGUUGUUGGGUAAAUCCAAUAAGCUGUAGAGUAGGUUUUACAUAGUGUUGUUAUUCUGUUAACUUCACCAGUUCUAUAUUGUUAGUCAAACAUUAUUCUGUACUUUAUAAUCUUUCCUCUUAUACCAAAUAGAUUCUUCUUUGCGCCUUCCAUUACAGGUACAGUCAGGAUUCAUUCAUUUUCAAUUCUUUUAUUACAAAUACUAACAUCUACCCACUAUAGUUACCCAAAUACAGCUGUCUCAAUAUUAAAAUGUUAUCAUCGUGGAACUUAACAUUGUAUUAUAGGUUAAUAUAGUGAAUGAAAAGGCAUAACUGAAGAAUUGGGCAGUUGGUAAUAAUAAGGAGUUUUGUUGACAGCUAAGAUCAGUUUUUUCUUUAAAACAAAUGUUCUGCAAUUUUAUGUGGAAUCUGAGUCACCAAGAUUUAGGGAUUCUUUGCAUUAUUGUGAUGCCACAAUCCAGUUCCAAUAUGAUUUCUACCCUGUUAAUAAUUAAAGUUAAUAUUGUAAUUUAAUUACCACUUUUUUAUAUAAUUCUAAAAUUACAUUCUGGUAAGUUCUUUAGCAUCUUUUUCUCCAGUAAUUGUUUGCAAGCACAAUAACAUUGUUGUUGUUUUCAUUGAUUGGAAAAUAUUAUUUAAUAUUAAAACAUUCUAUUAUGAGCUUUGACUGAAUAUUUCCUUAUGCUGUUAAGUGUAAAACAUAUACAAAAACCAAAAUAACGUCCAAAAGAAUACAAUAAACACAGAAUUAUUGUUAGCUUGUGCAUUUCUUUUUUCCAAUACUUCUAAAAACUCUUCAUUUAUAACUAAUGUAUCCUUUUUUUUCUAUGAAUUGUAUAAUUUAAUUUACUAUCAAUGUAAUUAUUUUAGUUUGUAAUAAAUGGAGCUUAUUCUCUUU